AUGAUCCGUCCGGGCUGCAUCUGGCAUCCCAUCCCCCUCCGCGCUCUCCCCGCCCUCACCGACAUCCGCUAUGAGCGAACUGCGGACGGCAUUGCCAAAAUGACCAUCUGCCGGCCGUCCGUGCGUAACGCCUUCCGACCCCAGACUCUGCGCGAGCUCGAGCACGCCCUCAUGCAUGCGCGCGACACGCCGUCAAUCCGUCUGGUCAUCCUCACGGGCGAAGGCACGCUCGCCUUUUGCUCGGGCGGUGAUCAGUCUGCGCGUGGGCACGGCGGCUACGUGGGCCACGACGGCAUCCCCCGCCUCGCCGUUCUCGACUUGCACAUCAUGAUGCGCCGCCUACCCAAGGUCGUCAUCGCCAUGGUGGCGGGGUACGCAGUGGGCGGUGGCCAUAUUCUCCACCUCGUUUGCGACCUGACUGUCGCAGCGGAGAAUGCCGUCUUCGGCCAGACCGGGCCCAAGGUCGGCAGCUUUGAUGGCGGGUAUGGGAGUUCGUACUUGGCCAGGAUCGUGGGACAGAAAAAAGCGAGGGAGAUCUGGUUUUUGUGUAGGCAGUACUCGGCGGAGGAGGCCAGGGCGAUGGGGCUGGUUAAUACCGUCGUGCCGCUCGAGGAGUUGGAAGUGGAGACCGUCAAGUGGGCGAGACAGGUUUUGGAAAAGAGUCCCACUGCGAUUGCAUGUAUUAAGGCCGCUAUGAACGCGGAUGGCGAUGGUCAUGCAGGCUUGAGUCAGCUAGCAGGAGAGGCGACGCGUAUGUUUUAUCAGAGCGAAGAGGGUAAGGAGGGGAAGAAGGCGUUUUUGGAAAAGAGAAAGCCGCAGUUUGUACCGUAUGUACAGGAAACAUUGAGACCGACGCCGCCAACAGUUAUGACAGCUGGUGUUGUGGAAGAGGAGACGCGAAGAAGAGCGAAGCUGUGA